CGGUUAUACGCCCUGGCAACACAAACAUCAACAUUUGUGAGGGCAGCAAACAAAAUAAGAUGAUUAGUUCACAAAAUUACUAAGGUUAUAGAAGAGAUAUAACGUUAAAACAGUCGUCGCACAGUCUUGACAGGUUUGUUAAUAAAAACAAUGCAGGCAGACGACGUGAGAUAUUUAACGCGGAAAGUCAAGGGAGGCAGUCUGGAUGUCCAUCCUACGGAGAAGGCUCUUGUUGUACACUAUGAAGUGGAAGCAAGGAUUUUGGGACAGACGGGGGAUGCAAUGCUGGGAGAACGCAAGUCCUGUCAGAAAAUCAUUCGUCUGAAAAGCCUUAGUCCCAACACUGACGUUGGAUCUUUAGCGCGGAAGGUGGUGGAGGAAUGCAGGCUCAUUUCCCCGUCCAAACUUCCAGAAGUGGAGCAGCUGCUCUUCUAUCUGCAGAACCGCAAGUCUCCCACAGAGAAAAAGGAGAAGAAACAGAUUAAGCCAAGGGAUCCUACUCCUUUCGAAGGGAUGGAGCUGGAUGAGGAGGCCAACAUUAACAGCAUUGAUGAUUACGUGGAGCUGUUGUACGAGGAUGUCCCAGAAAAAAUCAGAGGAGCUACACUUAUCCUGCACCUGGCCCGUAACCCCGACAACCUGGAGGAGCUGCUACAGAACGAGACGGCCCUGGGUGCUCUGGCCCGAGUACUGAGAGAGGACUGGAAGCAGAGCGUAGAUCUGGCAACCACCAUCAUCUACAUCUUCUUCUGUUUCUCCAGUUUCAUCCAAUUCCAUGGACUGAUCACCUACUACAAGAUUGGCGCUCUGUGUAUGAACAUUAUCGAGCACGAGCUGAAGAGGUAUGACCUGUGGCAGGAGGAGCUGCAGAAGAAGAAAAAGGCUGGGGAAGAUGACCCAGAGAACCAGAACCUGAAGAAAGAGUACGAGAAAGCUUUGAAGAAGUACCAGGGCCUGCUGACCAAACAGGAGCAGCUGCUUAGAGUGGCUCUGUAUCUGCUGCUAAACCUGUCUGAGGACACACGCACUGAGCUGAAGAUGAGGAACAAGAACAUAGUGCACCUCCUGGUGAAGACCCUGGACCGGGACAACGAGGAGCUCCUGGUGUUGGUGGUGUCCUUCCUCAAGAAACUCAGCAUCUUUCUGGAAAACAAGAACGAUAUGGCUGAAACUGACACAGUGGAGAAGCUGGCUAAGUUGGUGCCCUGUGAACAUGAAGAUCUGCUGAAUGUCACUCUCCGUCUCCUCCUCAACCUCUCCUUCGACACAGGCCUCCGCAGCAAGAUGGUGCAGGUGGGCCUGCUGCCCAAACUCACCACCCUGUUAGGAGAUGAAACGCAGAGGCAUCUGGCCAUGCGCAUCCUGUACCACAUCAGCAUGGAUGACCGUUUCAAGUCCAUGUUUGCCUACACUGACUGCAUUCCUCAGGUGAUGAAGAUGCUGUUUGAUUGCGGUGAGGAGAGGAUGGACCCGGAGCUCAUCUCCUUCUGCAUCAACCUGGCUGCCAAUAAGAGAAACGCCCAGCUAAUUUGUGAAGGUAAUGGGUUGAAGAUGCUGAUGAAAAGAGCACUGAAGCUGAAGGAUCCUCUGAUGAUGAAAGUGAUCCGGAACGUGUCACAGCAUGAUGGGCCCUCCAAGAACCUAUUCAUUGACUAUGUUGGAGACCUAGCAGCUCAGAUUGGACAGAAUGAGGAGGAGGAGUUUGUCAUUGAGUGCCUGGGCACACUGGCUAACCUCACCAUUCCUGAUCUGGACUGGGAGCUUGUCCUCAAAGAAUACAACCUAGUGCCCUUUCUGAAAGACCAUCUCAAACCUGGCUGUGCAGAAGAUGACCUUGUGCUGGAGGUGGUGAUCAUGAUUGGCACCGUCUCCAUGGACGACUCUUGCGCUGCCAUGUUAGCCAAGUCAGGCAUCAUUCCUGCUCUCAUAGAGCUCCUCAAUGCGCAACAGGAGGACGAUGAGUUUGUGUGUCAGAUCGUGUACGUUUUCUACCAGAUGGUGUUUCACCAGGCCACCCGAGAAGUCAUAAUAAAGGAGACCCAAGCUCCAGCUUACCUUAUUGACCUGAUGCAUGACAAGAACACUGAAAUCCGCAAAGUCUGUGACAAUACAUUGGACAUCAUUGCGGAGUAUGAUGAAGAGUGGGGGAGGAAGAUCCAGAACGAGAAGUUUCGCUGGCACAACUCUCAGUGGCUGGAGAUGGUGGAGAACCGGCAGAUGGACGAAGCGGAGCCCUUCAUGUACAGCGAUGAGGGAGAACCCUUCUUGCAGGGAGGAGACAUCCUGGAGCGUCCCGACCUCUUCUAUAGUGCAGAUGGGAUAAUCACAGCCGACAGUGCCAUCAGUCCAGAAUUCUUCACAGACUUCCAGAACGGAGAUUUUAUAGGACCACAGGGUUUCCCCAGCAGUGCUGUAUCAGACGGGUUUGGCCAAGUGGCUGGAGGUCCUUUGCGUCCUACGACGGCCUACGGCUUCCGACCGGAUGAGCAGUACUACUACAGCUACUCAGCAUCGCGGUAGAGUUACUGCAGACCACCCUGACAAUAUAAAAUAAAUCAGUGGUGUUACAUUUGCUCAUCGUCUUUUUCAAGUGAAGUCAACACUACUCAUUUUAUUUAUUUGCUCCAUUUAAAACAUCACUCUUAGUCUAAAGUGUGGGUUGGACCAUGUUCUCGCUGGUUUCAUUAAGUCAGGGGUUUCGAGGUUUUCAUAAUGAUACUUUAUGAUAUCAUAAGCAGUCACUUCAAAAUGUAUAGUACAGUUUCAGUGUGUCUUUUACCCUGCAGUGGAUCCAUUUGAAGUUAGAAGCAUUGCUGUAUCUGUUCAGGGGCACCACAGUGCUCUUUCAACAGCAAAGGCAGGACUUCAUAUUUGCAUGAAAUUUCAAACAUUAUAGUUCAGUUCAGAGGUCCAGUUAUUACACAUAUAGCAACCGUGUUAUUCUUUACAUUGCAUGGUGUUGUUUCGUUUUUAAGAAAGAGUAGAACUCAUGUAGAGCUUUGAACAACCAGGAUUCUGUGGUCAAACAUUUUAAGGUGUUCGUUUUUUCUCAGUUAUUUAUAUGUAUGGCAGCUUUGCUAACAGCAGAACAGAAAACUUGCAGGCUAAAGUAAUUCUAGUCACUGGCCACUUUACCAGGCGCAUUUGCCCUAUCGCUUAUUGUCUGUUUUAUCCAGCUGUGCUGAGCAUAAUACCUGCUCAGUGGUGGUCCUGUGGCAGUCCUGACCACUGAUAAACAGGGUAAAGGAGGACUAACAGAUUAUGCAGAGGAACAAAUGGAACUUAGAUCGUCAUCUAAAUUGUCUCAGUAAAAGAUACAGUCGUGAUACAAUAUCAGUUACAAAGUACCAUGUGAGCAUUACAGAGCCUUACCCUAUAACUUCUGUUUACCCUGAUAAUAAUAUAAUUACCAUAUAAUUAGCAUCUAAUAUGAUUUAAUAAUUUGAUCAUUUAUGAUGGGCCUGUUCGGCAAAAUUUUGUUUUCCAACCAAACGAACAUGGAUGUUAACAGUACUCGGUGUUUUCCCUCUAGAUGUUUUUCAGGCUGGGUCAUGGACUCUUUACAGUUACCAGAGUUGUAAUGCGUACAUGGUUUCAUCGGAAGUCAGGUAAUUUAUAGACGAUACAAAGUUAACAUUUGACUGAAUGCUUUACAGUCUAUAGGGUUCGAUAAUAAUUUGCAUAUGUUCCUGUAGGAGGGUACAAAAAUAGUCUUCUGCAGUGUUAACAAACUUUUUGGUAUCAACACUAAACUCUGUUUGGACUGUCUGGUCUGUAAGAAAUCCAAAAUAGUUCUGUAUUUGAUUAUAAGGCCUUGCGAAUAACACCAGAGGACGUUGACUGUCUGCAAACAUCCAGCAAGGGGAGCUCUCGCAAAGAUGAAACACUUCUUUUAUUGUUCUCUUUUCAAGAGUAGAACACAGAUUUCAAGAAAACUAAAACUACUCCAAACUAAUGAUACCAGAUUGCAGGAACAAAACACUUUUAAUGAAACUCUGUGAUUAAAGAUUACUGUGAUGAGAUGCUAGAAGACUACGCUGCUCCUUUGGCACAAACCAGCUCGACUCUGAUGGGGUCCGCAGUGUAUGUGGGUAUUUAAAUUUGUAAAUAGAUCACCCAAAACAAUUUGAAAGAAGAUUAUUUAGCCCAAAAUGGGAAAAAAACAACACCAGAAGCAAAUGUCUGUAUCUCAGCUUAGUAUGCUAAACUGGGUUUGGUCAUAGAGGAGGAGAGGGUCCAUCAAAAUCAACAAACGGGCGCCCUUGUUCUGUACGAGCUUGUGCAUUUUACUGUCCACUGUGAAAGAGAACGAAAGAACGAUAAGUUGCAUAAUAUUGGCGUUUAUUUAAAUUAUCGUGCCAUUUAAUUAUAUCCCAAAGCUACUACAGUGUGUACCUAUAGGGCAAGUGGGCCUGAUAAAAUGGACAGUGGUUGAAAAUAGACUGUAUGUGUACCUAAUAAAGUGGCCAGUGAGUGUAGAUGUGAUUGCACUUAAAGAAUACCCUCAGGAGAAGGUGUCACCAGUCGUACUCAGACAGGCCUGGUGUGGCUGCAGGUUUUCAUUCCAACCUCAUAGAACCAGUUGUUUGAAGACAGACCAGCUGAUUAAACAAGCAGAAUCAGAUGAGCUUCUACUUGAUGCAAAUGAAAACCUGCAGUCACACCAGCCUUUUCUGGAUAAGACUGGUGAUUGUUGCUGUAGGACAUUCAACCUGGAAUCACAUCCUAGUUAAAACACUAUUGUUGCACCCUGCACAGGUCAGUCUGCUCCUAUAGAGGGGCAUUCAUCUUAAUUCUUAACACCUUAAAGCCUAAGGGCUGUGGGUCCAUGCUUCAGUUCCUCACUUGAAUAACUGCAUAACCUUCAUAGUAGCUACCAAGUAAGUGUGGUUACUGAUUAGUCUUAAGUCUUAAGAUUAAUGACUGAACAAUAAGCCUAGGGUCCAAGGAGUCGACUCCAUUCUUCAGUGAUAUAUUUAUCUGUGCACAAACGCAAACACAGGUAUUUCAGUUACUUACUGAAGCCUGAACAUUGCACAAACUAUGUACUGGUGGAAAUAUUUGACACUAGCUGAAGGGUAGCUGUGUCUUAAUAUGUCUAUUUAUUUUUUUGUAUUUGUAAAAUGUCAAAAAUAAGAGAAAAACACUGUCUAUUGCCUUGUAUCUGUUUCUGGUGAACAACUGCUGUGCAGCUCAAUAUCGUGCACUGUUGAACAUUAUGCUUUUUUUGGGAAAUUGAAAAAAGCUGAAGUGAAUGUUUAGAAAAUAUAUAUAGCUUUUUAUUUGAAGUAAUGCUGUUAAAUUUCACUACAUGUGCUUUGUCUUUUUGGUGCCUGAAGAUCGUCUUAACUGCUGUUUUAUAUAAAAUAUCUUUUUAUUUCUGUGGUGCAAUAUUAAAUGUAAACAAGUAUGACGUUCA